UGUUCAUCAUUACGAGUUAUUUGUUGUAUUAUUUUUUUACGAAUUCGAAAUAAACGAGAAAUAAACAUUAUUAUGUAUGUUUUUCAAAUGUAAUUAUAUUUGCUAAUUCAUAAAUAUGUAAUGACCAGUUUGCUUAGUGUUCUAUGUUGUGUGUCGUAAACAUUCUUAAAUUGAGAUGGCCGAAACAAGUGCAAUGAACUCUCACGAUAAACUGGUCCAGUACGGCACCAAAAGGGACGAAAAUAAAGAAAUAAAGAAGGAGGUUGAAGUGCCGGUACCGUUGGUAAAGCCGGAGCCACCUGAGUGUGUGGUCUGCGUAAAACGAAGCCAGGAAAACUUUAACAUUCACAACACCCAUACGAAUGUCUCUGGCAUUUCGCUUCACGCUUUCCUCAGUAAAUUCACCAACACGGAAUUCCCGUUUCCUCAGAAUUUCGUUAGAUACAUUUGCAAAACGUGCCUAGACCUCGUCAAUAUUCUCGAAGAAGCCGAAAUAGAGUACCUAAAGCUAAAACAAACUUUUGAGACUAUCAUUAGUAAGAAUCCAUUAUUUUACUUGCCACAACCACUUAGAUUAGAUACUGUGAAGAAUGAGCUACAAGACAAUGAUACAGCUUGUGCAGACUUGAACGAUGACUCGGAGAAUGAACCUCUUGUUGUGAUCAAAAAGAAGAGAGGGCAGAAAGUGGGAAAACGGAAAAAGGCAUUGAGUAAACGAAAAUCUGAGAGCAAGCCCAAUAAUGAGGAGAGUGGCAGUUGGGAGUGUAGCGAGUGCGGCGUGUGCGGGGAGGGCGGCGCCGUCGCCGAGGCGUCGCACCAGCUGACUGCGCACACCAUCCUCAGGGACAUCAAGAAAGAGGACACUAAUGAUGGUGAAUUCAGCAACGGUUUUGAGACAGUUUUGAAAGUAGAACCGUUGGACGAUGAUAUUGAUAACGAUAGCGACAGUGACUUCUUACCGGAUGAAGAGCUCAGCAACGAGGAGACGAAACGGAAGAGAAAGGUGCUGAUUGGCCGGAGACCGCGGACUAAAGGCAUCGGUCAGAAGAAGCGUGACAAGGUUUUACAUGAGUGUGACCAGUGUAAUGCGAAGUAUACAUCAUUGGUGCGGCUAGAGCAACACAAACAGAAGCACGACGGGUCCAAGCCGCCGUACAUCUGCGAAGUUUGCGGCGCGCACUACAAGCACAAGCGAGCCUGUGAUAUACACAUCGCCAUGCACAAAGGCAUCAGUGACUGGAAAUGUGAAGAGUGCAAUAAACUGUUUCCGUCGAAGGGAGCUUUACAGAGGCAUAACAAUAUACAUACUGGCAAACUUAACUAUCAGUGCGACUUAUGCGGAAAGUCCUUCAUUCACACGUCCUCAUUCAAGAUGCACAAGCUAUCCCACUCUGGUGUUAAACCUCACUCUUGUGAUGUGUGUGGCUUGGCAUUGAUGACUCGGUCUCAUCUCAAGCGGCACAAGAGAGUGCACAGCGGAGAGAAAAGACACGAGUGUGGAGUUUGUGGCAGACGGUUUUCUGAACGCUACAACCUGCUGGCGCACAGCAAGUCGCACGAGAGCGGCGCGGGCGCGGCUGUCUCUGCCGCGGCGGCGGAGCAGGCGCGGCGCCGCCUGUUCCGCUGCCCGUUCUGCGCGGAGCGCUUCGAGCGGCGCUUCCUGCUGGAGCGGCACGCGGGCGCCGCGCACGGCCGCGCGCUGGAGCGCCCGCCGCCCACGCCGCGCAACACCAUGAGCAAGCUGCUCAAGGCGCAGGCCGCGCGCCCGCCCGCCAACGCAGAUGGAGAUUCUAAGGACAUUCGUAGUCCGGAUUCCACAGCUACAACGGUCACCCCACAGAAACUCAUCGCUCACCUAUCAUCCUCGCCAGCGGUUCCUACGAAUGCCUCGUGGUCGAGCGCCUAUGCAGAGUUCAACUUGCGAUCCGAGUUCCAUUGACACAACACACAGAUAAUAUAAAUUUGAAACUAGAGUCAAACCAAGUGCAGACAAAAGCCAGCGAAAAAAUACUUUUAAUUUUCGAUACUUCAUUGAGAAAUACUCAUCUCAAAAAGUGCACUUUUCUUUUAGCAACACAAAGAUCAUAACAUCAUAUAAUAAAAAUAAGUACCUAUAAGUAAAUGUGUAAAUAUUGAAAUUAAAUAAUUAAUUAAUUGAUUUAUUCUAUCAUAUAUCUGUACCAUAGUAGUUAAACUAUUUGUUAAUAAUCAAUUACUCGAAACUUAUUUUUAUAGUAAGACUCAUUAUUAUGUUGUAUGCGACAGCUUUUUUCGGUUGAAUUUUAAGGGGCUAUUAUUAUAAGCUACUAAUUUAAAGAAGAAGAGUUUAAGGGCAAAAAUUGUGUAUUUAGCCCAGGGCACCCCUUACUGCUUACUACUUACGCCGCUUUUCAUAAAUCUUGAGAAUUUGAUUUUAUUUUUUCAGCCAUAUCAUUCACCAAUUUACGUAUGUUUGGGCCCGUAUCUUUACAUUAUUAGGUCUACAUCUAUGUUAGGGCCAUACGGCACGGACAUUAAUUCACAUACUUUUUUAUGUUAAAACAAGGUGAAAUGAAUUUCAAUAAUUUAAAUAACUAAUGCACUCUGUCAGCCGUCAUUUCCGGAAAUACCAUACAUAAAUUUGCCCAAUGUACGAAUUAAGAUCAGCUGUCGUCUAAUUAGAAAAUAGACUCCCACCAGUCGAAAAAUUGCAAUUGAUAUUUCAUAAAUUUAACCUUACAGAAUAAAAUUGAAAUGCGUAUUGUUUUUAUUAAUAUAACAACUUGCACUGUAUAUCUACUUAUUUUACUUUCAUUACCUAUUGGAAACGUUAUUUAUGAUUUUUUUUUAAUUUAAAAUAUAACUUAUGUACAGACUCAAUACGUAAGAAAUAAAUACAAAUUUAUUUAAUACUUUAGUUACUGAUUUUUUUUACAAUAGUUAUAAUUUAUUUGGGUAAGGUUGUGGAGGGCAGACAGUAGGCGCACCAUAUUUAUUACCUGACCUGACUACCCCCUCCUAUUGGCCACAGGCAGAC